UAUAAAUUAAUAUCUCAUUAAUUUUCUCUCUCUAUCAGUUCAUUGCAUUAUAUGUAUAUGGAUAUGGAGAGUUCUACUACAGCUGCUAAACACAAUAAUAAUAAUAAUAAUAAUAAUGAGAAAAAUGGGAUAUUUGGGUCUUUCUUGUCAUGGUUGAAGCUGUUGUUACAAAAAUUCAUAAGCAAAGUUUGUAAGAUUGGAAAGGACACAAAAGAGCUGGGAAAAGAUGACCCAAGAAGAGUAAUUCAUUCGGUUAAGGUUGGAAUUGCUCUAAGCUUAGUCUCAAUAUUCUACUACUAUCAACCACUUUACGACAAUUUUGGGGUCUCAGCUAUGUGGGCUGUAAUGACUGUCGUUGUCGUUUUUGAAUAUACUGUUGGAGCUACUCUGGGAAAAGGUUUGAAUAGGGGUUUGGCUACCUUACUAGCUGGGGCUUUAGGUGUUGGAGCUCAUCAUUUGGCAAGUUUAUCAGGCCAAAUAGGAGAGCCAAUACUUCUGGGCUUUUUUGUCUUUUUACAAGCUACACUAUCAACAUUUGUAAGAUUUUUUCCAAAAAUAAAGGCGAGAUAUGAUUAUGGGUUGUUAAUAUUUAUAUUAACGUUUUCAUUGAUAUCGGUUUCUGGUUUUCGAGACGAUGAGAUAUUGGAAAUGGCUCACAAGAGACUUUCCACCAUUUUCAUUGGAAGUUCUGUUUGUGUGAUUAUUUGCAUUUUGAUUUGUCCUGUUUGGGCUGGUGAAGAUCUUCAUAAUAUGAUCGCUCUCAACUUGGAAAAGCUUGGAAAUUUCUUGGAAGGAUUUGGGGAUGAAUAUUUUAACAGUACUAGUACAGCAGCAGUGAAAGAAGAUCAGUCGAAAAAAGAGGAGAAGAAGACAUUUCUGCAAGGAUAUAAAAGUGUACUCAACUCAAAAAGUAGUGAAGAAUCUUUGGCAAAUUUUGCAAGAUGGGAGCCAGGUCAUGGUCGAUUCAAGUUUCGUCAUCCAUGGAAACAAUACCUUAAAGUUGCAACAUUGACUCGCCAAUGUGCCUAUCGAAUUGAAGCCCUCCAUGGCCAUCUCAAUACUGAUCCCAAAACAUCACCAGAAAUCAGAGAACAGAUCCAAGAAGCAUGCACAAAAAUAAGCUUGGAAAGUGGUAAAGCACUGAAGGAGCUAGCCAAGUCGGUGAGGGAAAUGACUAAAAUACCCUCAUCAUCAGGUGAUGAUGAUGAUGAUAAUGAUAUUGGGCACAUAGCGAGUUCAAAAGCUGCAGCCAAGUGUCUGAGAUCUUUGUUCAAGUCUGGGGUGUUGGAGAAUAUUGACCUUUUAGAGGCUAUCCCUUGUGUCACAGUUGCUUCACUACUACUUGAUGUUGUUAAUUGCACUGACAAAAUUGCUGACUCAGUCCAUGAACUUGCCUCACUUGCACAAUUCACUACCACUACUACUAAUGAUCAUCCUAUGAAUAAUGUUUGUGUUUCACCACAAAAAACAAACAACUCAAACAUAGAUCACUCAUCAUCAACAUCAUCAUCUCAAUCUCAACAUGUGGUCAUUACAAUCAAUAAUAAUACACAAUCUGCUCCUGCUCCAAUUCCAACUUUAGCACAAAUGGGUGUGUAAAUAUACAUAAAUCUAUAUAUUUGUAAUGUUACUCACAUUAUUAUAUAUAACAAUUACAUCUCUUUAAUUAUUAUAAAGAUUGGUUGUAAAUUAGAAUUAGUAGUUUCUGGUUUUAUAAUUAAUUAUGGUCAAUAUGCUACUUCUCUAAAAGGAUGGAAUAAUAUAAACCCUCUGU